UUAUCGAUGGUGUUAAAUUUCAGGAAUUCUUUAUUUGGUUAAUGUUUGGUUGAAAAGUUCAAUUUUAUUGCGCAUUUGAUGAGGAACUGAGAUUGAUGUUUGGAAUUUUGAUUGGCAUCCUGCAGACUUAUCUGGGAAUUCAGAUUUUUCGGUUCUACUUCAAAUGCACCAGAUGCUCGGCUGAAAUUGCAUUCAAAACAGAUCCUCAGAAUUCGGACUAUGUUGUUGAAUCGGGAGCAUCCCGAAAUUUUGAGCCUUGGCGGGAAGAGGACGAAGCAGUAGAAAAAGAGAAGAAGAAAAGAGCUGCUGAAGAGAUGGGGGAUGCGAUGAAGUCACUGGAAAACAGAGCAGUGGAUUCAAAGAGAGAUAUGGACAUACUUGCAGCACUAGAAGAAAUGAGGUCUAUGAAGGUUCCUGAUACUUCAACAGCUCGCAGAGAUGAUGAUGGGGCUGAAUGCGGUCCCUGAUAUUUUUUAGACUGUUAUUUAAUGAGUUUUAUAUGUAUCUUUCUUAUAUUUUUCAAAAUACAUUGUAAUUCUAAACUUAUGUAAAUUUAAUCUUAUAUGACAAUAUGAAUGUUUCGAAUGA